CUCAUCUUUGUCCAAACGCCGGAAUGUAAGUCGAAUACGGAAAAUGUGCAGAAGAGUGACGAUUUGGCAAGAAAUCCAAAGACUACUGUUGCUCGAUACCAACGACCCACAGUCCGUGGAAAUAGAUCUGAGUCACCUUCGCUUUCUUGUCCGCGUACGUUAGAACACCUUUCACCAUCGCCUUCAUCUGACAAGCAUGUUUACCUUAAAUUUAUUACCAUUAGAUAUGACUUUGAAUGUCUUCAGCGUGAGCUGGAAAAGAAGAGUGGAGUCAUUACCUACAAUGAACAGACAAUACAAGCAAGUAUGGAUGAUUUUAUAAAUCGGGGCUGUUUGGGUGCAGGCACAUGCAGUGUUGUGUAUAAAAUGCAGCAUCGAGAAUAUCCUGAUCUUCUUUUGGCAGUCAAGUAUAUGAGAAGGUCCUCUCAUUGUCACGAAGAAAACAAACGGAUAAUGAUGGAUCUUAAUGUCGUCACAAAAAGCUGUGAUUGUCCCCACAUUGUUAAGUGUCUUGGGAUUUUUUUUACAACGAGUGAUGUUUGGAUAUGCAUGGAAAUAAUGUCAACUUGCCUAGACAAACUUCUCAAAAAUCAUGGUCGUCCUUUUCCUGAAAAGGUUUUAGGUAAAAUCACCGUAGCGAUAAUUAAAGCCCUGGAAUACUUAAAAACAAUUCACAAAGUAAUGCAUAGAGAUGUAAAACCAUCGAAUAUGCUACUUAGUUCAAAAGGGGAAGUCAAAUUGUGUGACUUUGGGAUCAGUGGCAAACUCAAAGAUUCAAUUGCUCGCUCUCGUCAGCUUGGGUGUAUUGGCUACAUGGCACCAGAGCGUCUAGAUACGCCUACUUAUGAUGUAAGAGCUGACGUCUGGUCUCUCGGUAUAUCUCUCGUCGAACUUGCUACAGGAUCAUUUCCUUACAAAGGCACGGAAGCUGAAUUCGCCAUUAUGAGUAAAAUCAUAUCGGAUCCUCCACCUACUUUGCCUCAGGAUAUGCUUUUUACCACUGCAUUUCGUCAUUUUAUCGAAUUAUGGUGUGUAAAUUUUAUCAUUUCGACCCGUUGA